AUGGAGAGGAAUACCACUUAUUUCAGCAGCUUCAUAGGUAGCUCUCUGCUGGACGACAUCAAUCCACAGGAUCAGGAUGCCAACCAGACUGUUCUGUACACCCGAGAUGAAGAACUUGCCAAGGCUGAGAUUGGGAUCCUGGCCAUCAUCCUGGCAGUGACUAUGGUGGGAAACUUGGGUGUCCUUCUGGCCAUGUACCGGCUGAGGAAGAAAAUGAGCCGCAUGCACCUUUUUAUCCUGCACCUGGGCCUGACUGACCUGGGUGUGGCUCUCUUCCAGGUGCUUCCCCAGAUGAUUUGGGAAGUGACCUACCGCUUUCAGGGACCUGACCCUCUUUGCAGACUUGUCAAGUACCUCCAGGUGCUGAGUAUGUUUGCUUCCACCUACAUGCUCAUUGCCAUGACGCUGGACCGCUACAUGGCUGUCUGCCACCCGCUGCGCACUCUCCAGCAGACCAGCUGCCAGGCUUACCUGAUGAUUGGCACCACUUGGUUGCUCAGCUGCUUGCUCAGUUUGCCCCAGCUCUUCAUAUUCUCAGUGAGGGAGGUACGCCAAGGUUCUGGUGUGUUGGACUGCUGGGCUGAAUUUAGGUACCCUUGGGGAGCCAAGGCUUACAUCACAUGGAUGACUUUGUGUGUUUUUGUGCUGCCUGUGGCUAUCCUUACCAUUUGCUACAGCUUAAUUUGCCACAAAAUCUGCAAGAAUCUUCGAGGAAAGACUCAAAGUGGUGGUCCCUGUGCAGCAGCAGCUGGCAUUUCCUAUACAUCCACAGGCCAGAAAGGAACAGAGUGCCAUCCUGGCUCCCGGGUAAGCAGUGUCCGUACCAUCUCCCGUGCAAAAAUCCGUACAGUGAAGAUGACCUUUGUCAUUGUACUGACCUAUGUGGCUUGCUGGGCACCCUUCUUCAGUGUGCAGAUGUGGUCAGUGUGGGAUAAGAAUGCACCAGACGAUGAGUCCAGUAAUGUGACUUUUACAAUCACCAUGUUGCUGGCCAGCCUCAGCAGCUGCUGUAACCCUUGGAUUUACAUGUUCUUCAGUGGACAUCUUUUUCAUGAUAUCCUUCACUUUUUUGCAUGCUGUGGAAGCCUUCACUCCAGUCUCAAGAGGCAGUUCUCCAAUGGAAGCCUCUGCAGCCGAAAAACCACCAUCUUGACUCACAGUCCCCAAAGUACCCCAGCUGCAGCUGGAGUUGGGGUUCAGAUGCAGCUGGAGAGCUUGAAAGAUUUCUACCAGCCCUAUGAAGAAAGUGUGAAUGAUUCAGGGAUACUCUAA